AUGGUUGCCUCCCCUGGACAGCAGAAUUUGGCAUCCAAAAUAUCGCCACAGAUCAUGCUGGUUUCCCAUGGCAUCCUCAUUUCCAUGCCAGCUGCUCCAAGCUCUGUUUUCACAUUUGACCCAGAGUUAACUCUCUUUAUUGUAUUUAAUUCUGGAAGUACGGGGCUACCCAAGGGUGUAAUGAGCUCCCACCGAAGUUUCAUAUCGGGGGUACACUAUCGACGGUCCAUUCUGGAGGAGCCAUCAUCUCGCGUAUUUGACUUUGCUUCGUAUAGCUUUGACAUCAGUACGGAUAUCAUUCUCUCCACACUGAUUAUUGGGGAAUGUGUGUGCGUACCACGGGAGCGGGGACUUCAAAAUGAUAUUGUUGGUGCCAUCAACCAUCCCGAAGUCACUUCGGCCGAUCUCACCCCUUCUGUGGCGCGUUUGAUGAAUCCAGACUCUGUUCCCAGCCUAAAAACCCUCAAGUUUAGUGGAGAACUUAGCAGCGUCACAGAUGUUGCACAAUGA